GGAAACAUGUACCGUAGCAGCAAACUUUUGUUCUUACAGAGGAUGUAAAGAAUGUGCUUAAAGCCAGGCGAGAAACUGUAAAGGUGUUCCAAUUUCGGGGUACUGUGGAAUAACAGCUAUCAAAGUCCUUUUUGGUAUGACAGUCGGAAAGGAAGAGAAGUUCUCUGCAUGGGUGGUGGCUGUGAUGUUUCAGAUGAUACCUGGUUCUCCUUGCCUCUUAUCCGCAAUGUACCUUUGGGAUUUAUUUGUCUUCCCUUUACUCAAGAACAAAACCUAUUUGAGAGCGAGUACUCUGGGAUAAAGCUUCUUCCAAAAUCAACCGGAUCCCAUCAUCAAACAAGCUAAUCAUCCUAAUCAAACUCAACACAAUGAAGAAAGCUGAAAGAGGACCCAAAGACGAGCAUAGAAGAAUCAGAGAAGAAAAAAGAUCCUAAAUCCUCUGAUUAUUAUUUUUUUUAAAUUGAUUUCCCCUACAAAGAAACUGCAGAAAAAUCUGUUUUUGCAAGCUUGCAAAAGAAAAGACGAUGCAGCAAAACCAGACGGUGUCCAGCUUUCACAGACGCAGCGCCUCCACUCAGGUGAUAGCUUUUUCACAUCCUUCCCCUGAGAAUUCAAGAUAGCAACAAUUUUGGAUCAUCUCCUUAUCUUCCUCCUAGCCGCUCCGACACUUCCACCAGGAAAAUCAUGGCAGCCAAUGACUCAAGCCAUAACGAAGAGGAGUUUUUGAAACCUUUCUACGCCAUCAUGUACACCAUCAUCCUGGUCCCUGGGCUGAUUGGGAAUGUGUUGGCUCUCUGGGUCUUCUACGGAUAUAUGAAAGAAACUAAACGGGCCGUGAUUUUUAUGAUCAAUCUGGCAAUUGCAGACUUGGCCCAAGUUCUAUCGCUGCCACUAAGGAUUUUUUAUUACCUGUCCAACAGCUGGCACCUGGGGAAGGAACUUUGCAUGUUUUGCUUCUACCUCAAGUACGUCAACAUGUAUGCGAGCAUCUACUUCUUGGUUUGCAUCAGUGUGAGGAGGUUCCAGUUCCUCAUGCACCCUCUGAAGUUCAGUGACUGCAAGCGCAUCUACGACAUGUACAUCUGCAUUGUUGGAUGGGUUAUGGUUUGCGUUGGCUGCUUAGCCUUCCCUCUCCUGCGUCUUACCUCCAACGAGACCUGCGCCAACAAUAAAUGCUUUGCGGACCUGCCCUUGAACAAUGCAGAUGGACCCAUCCCAAUAGCAAUGUUGUCCUUAGGUGAGCUGGUUGGCUUUGUGACCCCUCUGUUGAUCAUCUUGUAUUGUUCCUGGAAGACCAUCUUAUCUCUCCAAGAGAAGAACUCUGUUUCCCAAGACCUUGGGGAGAAACAGAAAGCUUUGAAGAUGAUCCUGACUUGUGCCAUUGUAUUUUUGAUUUGCUUUGGGCCUUAUCACGUCAGCUUCCCUCUGAAUUACUUGGUCAAGUCCCAAACGAUAGAAGAUUCUUAUGCCCGAAAGGUUAUUUUGGUCUUCCACGCAAUUGCCUUGUGUCUUGCCAGUUUAAAUUCAUGUCUCGACCCUAUAAUUUAUUACUUUACCACAGAUGAGUUUCGAAGGCGGCUUUCAAGGCAAGAUUUACAGGACAGCAUUCAAUUUCAUAACAUGCGAUGUGGACGUGCAAAGGAGCCAUCGGAAAUAAGUAUAGUCGAGGCUGAGUGAUCGAUAGGAAACUCAUAUUAUGGAUGGGGUGGGGCUGAUAACAUCUUUAUUUGAUGCCAUGAUAACUUAGGGGGGAAAUCACAUAUUUUAAACAUUUCACUAUCAUACUCCUCCAAUUGGCCCAUAUAGCAAGCAUGGGGAUAAAACUCAAAAUAAUGCUGUCUUGUUUAGUUUAACAUGGAAUAGAGAGAAGCCUAGAUAGACUUUCAACAUUCUGAUAUUGUUGUAGCCUUCCAGCAGAGCUGGCAGCAGAUUCAGACAGUGAGGAGUUUGGGGAGGAAGAUGGG